UAUUAAAAUUUUAUCGCCAGAAAGAUUUUUAUAACCAAUAAUUGAUCGGUCACGUGACCUUUUUAAGUUAAAAAAAUGAGCAACAAAUGACACAUGAAAAGAUACCUUAAAAUUUAAUAUAUGAUUUGAUAGCUCGAGAUUCUUAACGGCAUAAUAUAAAUAGACCACGAUGAAUGACGACUACAUAGUCAAAACUGUCCUUCAUGCGGGAUCAAAAAUUAUUAAUUUUAUACCAGGAACAAAGGUUAUAUUUCAUUUUAAAACUACAAAAUGCGAUUUUGACAAAACAGUGAUAGAUGACAGUAGAACAAUGGGAAAUCCAAUGGAACUUAUAUUAGGGAAAAAAUUCAAGUUGGAAGUAUGGGAAGUGAUUAUACAAAAAAUGGCACUGAAUGAAGUUGCUUGUUUCAAAGUACAUAAAAGUCUAGUGACGACAUACCCUUUUGUUUCUAAGACAUUAAGAGAAGCUGGCAAACCACAGACACAGAGACGUAAUCAUUGUUGUGGUGUUACUCUUCAGAAUGAAGGCAUUGGUUAUGCUGAUCUGGAUGAACUUAUAAAAUGUCCUCAAGAUUUAGAAUUUACAAUAGAACUUCUUAAGGUAGUAUUGCCAGAUGAGUAUGAGAAAGAGUCAUGGCAAAUGACAGAGAAUGAAAAACUUGAAAGCAUUCCUCAUAUGAAAGAAAAGGGAAACAAUUUGUUCAGAGAAAAGAAAUAUGACGACGCAUCUGAAAUAUAUGCAAAAGCUAUUGGAAUAUUGGAACAACUCAUGCUAGCUGAGAAGCCAAAUGACGAAGAAUGGUCAGCCUUGAAUCGAAUGAAAAUACCGUUGCUUUUAAACUAUGCACAAUGUAAAUUGUUAAAUAAAGAGUAUUAUUCAGUUAUUGAACAUUGUACGACAGUUCUAACGACAGAGCCAGAUAAUGUGAAGGCACUUUAUCGAAGAGGUAAAGCAUACAUUGGCGCAUGGGAUGAAGAAAAUGCCAUUAAAGAUUUAAGAAAAGCUGCUGAAGUUGAUCCUUCUCUACACAAAACUGUCGAAAAGGAAUUACAGGCAUUUGCAGCAGCCAUCAAAGAGAAGGACAGUGUACAAAAAGAGAAAUUAUCAAAAAUGUUUAAAUGAGUCUGUAAAGUUUAAUUAUUCUGACAUUAUUAACCUGAGUUAUUUGUGUGGAAUCAAUGUUAGCAGAGCAUGUUUUUUUUCUUUUUUUCUAUUGAAAAACGAACUGUCUUUUUAUUGACUUCUAUUAUCAAAGAUCUCUAAUUUUUGUGAAGACUUAAUAUUAAGUCUAUUGUAUAGAUAUGUCUGUGAAAAAAAUCUGCCGCACACAUGUAUGUAAAAUUUCUUAUCAUGUAGGUACUUAAGAAAUAAGAAUUGUAUGUAAUAAUGCAAAUUGUAAAAAGAAUAUGAUUAUUAAUAACUAAGUUAAUGUAUAUUAUUAUUGUUACAAAU